CGUUCGUCCUUCACUGACAUGUGUCCUCCGCUUGUUUUGUUACGAAAGGUUUGGGAGUUUCACGGAUUUAGUCUUUUCUUCGACUGAGACAUCCACAGACAUUAAAAGGUAACACCGCCAGAGACUGAUGCCAAGACACCUGUUGGCGCAGUGUAUUGAUGAAGAAUGGCAGCUGCUUCUCCCCAUGACCGCAGCAGGAAGGACGAUGAAGACGACCCCGUUGAGCAGAUGAUUUCCCGCACCGGCUGUGCCGAGCUGCACUACGCAGUGCAGGAGUGCAUGGCCGAACACCAGGACUGGCGGGCGUGCCGGAACCAGGUCCAGACUUUCAAAGACUGCAUGAUGAGUUUCCAGAAAGCUCGGAAACAACAGCUGUUGAAGCAGCUGCCUACCUCGUCUCCCAGCUGAACCCAGGAGAGAUACCUGCUCAUCCAUCCAGUGGGAUGUGUUCAGAGAAACUAUUUAUGUGUUCAUAUUAAAAUGAAAGUUUGUGCAGCAAUGUACGUUCCUGAAAUGAGUGAUCAAUUCUACCUAUUAAUAAGAGGUUUCUGUUUGUAUGUUGUUUAAAAAAAAAAAUGUAUAUAAACCAAGUGAAGUACUAAACUAUUUGUCUUCAUUUAAAAAAAGUUGGCAUUAAAAAUCUGAAUUUUUAAA